GUCACGUGGUUCAUUGGGGGCGGGUCGUUAUACACAGAGUCGCCUCCUCCUGUUUGCUGCAGAUGUGGGAGAGCUACAGGAUGGCUGCUCGCAGUCUCGCUAAGAGCUCUUCAUCAUUAAGAUGGUGGCUUCCAACCGCAGUGAAAGUCUUCCCGAUGGUUACUGGUCAAACCUUUGGUGCUGAUCGGGCCAUACUGGAUGAACUGAAGAAAAGCAGAUUCCUGAUGUUGGAGACCACUACAGACCUGCAGGAGUGUGACUUCGUCAUCCUCUUCUGUCCAAUCAGGUCUCGUGUUGGAUCAGAUGUGGCGGCAGCCAUGAGAGAUGUUCCAGGUGGUAAACGUGUUGUUCUCGUGCUGAUAAAUCACACCCGAGAUGUCGACUAUUCACCUGAUGUGAAAAGAUGGUCUGAAGACUUUCAGAACGUCGUGUUGGAAGUUCAAGUUCUCUUCCACGAGACUCUGCAGAGAUUACUGUCGUGUUCAAGAAAUGAUGAAGCUCUCUGGCAAAUACAUGAGGAGUUAAAGAAGCAGAAGCCUGGGUACCAAAAGGAGCUGCUGGGAAUCCUAAAGGAACUGAGAAAAGAGCUGCCAGAAGAACAUUUUAAUCACGCUGAAUGUUUGGUGAAGGACUGCAUCAACAAAAAACCCACUGACCCAAAGGAUCUUUUACAGAUCUUUAAAUAUAUAAAAGCUCCACGGAAGAAAUUUGACCAAGCAAAGAACAUUUCAUCUUCAUCAUCAAGUUGGUGGUUUCCAGUCACAGUGAAAGUCUUCCCGAUCACUACUGGAAAAACCUUUGGUGCUGAUCAGGCCAUACUGGAUCAACUGAAGACAGGUACAAACCUAACGAUGGAGACUACAGACCUGAUGGGAUGUGACGUCAUCAUCGUCUUCUGUCCAAUCACGUCACGUGUUGGAUCAGAUGUGGAGGCAGCCAUGAGAGAUGUUCCAGGUUUUAACCUACCUGUUGUUCUAGUGCUGAUGCAUCACACCGUACUUGACGACUAUUCUCCUGUUGACAGAAGAUGGUCUGAACACUAUCAGAACGUCGUGUUGGAUGUUCACGUUCUCUUCCACGUGACUGUAAAGGGAUUACUGAUGUGUUCAAGAAACCAUGAGGCAGUCCGACAGAUACAAGAAGAGUUGAAGAAACACAGUAGAGCUGGAUCCUGGUCCUGGUGGAGCAUCAAAGACAAAGAUACUCUCCAGGAUGUGAAGGACUACAAGCCUCAAAACAACAUCAACCAUCUCCGGAUUCUCCUGUACGGGCCCGUCGGAGCUGGAAGGUCCAGCUUCAUCAGCUCUGUCAGCAGCGUCCUACGAGGCAGAAUGUGUAUUGGUGCUGAGGGCAGUGCUACGAACUCUGAGAGAAUUUUCACCAGAAGAUAUGAAACUCACGAGAUCAGAACAGGAAAACCAAAGACGUAUUAUCCUUUCGUCUUCAGUGACGUCAUGGGUCUGGAGGAGGGGACUGGCUGUGGUGUUCAUCCUGAAGACAUCAUACUGGCCAUGAAAGGACACGUAAAGGAGGGAUACAGGUUCAAUCCUGUAUCUCCACUGUCAGAGAGGGAUCCAGGCUACAACCCAGACCCGUCUGCAGAUGACAGAGUUCAUCUUCUGGUUUGUGUGCUUUCUGCUAACUCAGUAGAAAUUACAGGCUCAUUUCUGGAGAAGAUUAAGGCCGUCAGAGAGGCAGCCAGUGACCUGGGUAAGACCUGA